GCUGGGGAAGAAAAGGCAAACCAGGGAUCUUACCUGGGCCUUCCCAGUUGACACUAAGUCAAAAUGGGUGCCGGUGAGACUGCCUGGCUCAUGCAGAUGGAAGGCUAACCUCUUUUUAGAAACAACUCGCACUACUCUCUCCUGUUUCAAAAGAGCUGUCUGGUCAGAAUGGUGGUAAGUCACCUUAGGAAGGGAGAGGCGUCGUCCUGUUUGUCAGACAGAGUUAGCAAAGGUUCAAUUUAAAAGAAAAAUUAUCUAAGAAGUUAAAAAUAAAAGUGUAGGGAGAUUCCCAUGACAUCCAUUUUUAUCUAUUUUUCCCUUUCUCUUACAUUUCCCAAGAGGCAAACUUUCUAAAACAGUCUUACUCUUUUCAAGUUUACAAAAGGCAGCACCCAGACUAUCUGAAUAACAUGAUAGGGUGCCCGGGAGAAGAGUGCACCUCUCCCACGUGCACCCUGCCUGGCUCCAUGCUGUCGUGGGGUCUAGCUACUCACUCAGCAGACAUUUCGGGAGUUCCAGGAACACAAACCCCAACAAGAUCCAAUCCAUGCCUUCCCGGAGUGCACAGUCCAGGAUGUAACCCGGCGAACAAGCGGCAAUUACCCCCUGAGGACAUGGUUUCAUCCGUGCGACAGACACCAAGCGCCUUCCCCACGCCCUUGACCAUAAGGCCGUCCCGGCCCUCCUGAAGCGUGGAGCCAGCUUGGAACAGAGACAAGACACACGGACGCGAUGCACACAGGCGUCCUGACGGAGGGCACCGAGAACUCGGCCUCGGCGACUGCUACAGGCCCCUCCGCCUGGACUAGCGGCUCCCCUUCCCCGCCCCUACACAGGGGUGGGCGCAGCAAACGCCCACCGCGGAAUGUGGGCCUUGGAUUCGGAUUCGGAGGCUCCUCGGAACAAGGAGGGGGGAGAAGGAGGAAUCCAACCCGGGCAGCUUUGCCACCGCGCGCCCGGCCUCCCCGCGGCAGGGAAGCGGCGCCAUCUCCGCAGGUGCGCGGUGGACGCUUGCAUCCCUCGGGCCCGGGGCUGUCGGGCGCUACACAUCCACCUCCUGGGCGCACACAGAGGGCCUGGGCCGUGCCGAGUCUCGGCAGGGUUGAGCCUCCUCGCGCGGCGCGGGCUCCGGCGCUGCCCGCAGUGCGGGACACGCCCAAGGCUCGGAUGGGAGCCGACGCUGAGGGAGCGGCACCUGCAGGGAGCGCCGGGAGCCGAGGCCGCGGCGGGAGGGGCGGGCGCGGCCGGCGGGGAUGCGGGGUCGCGGGAGGGGCCCGCAGCCCAGGCCAGAGCUGGGGGCGGCCCGAGGCCCAAGCUGGCCAGCGAGGGUGGGAAGGGCGGACCCGGGUGGGGACCGCAAGCCCCGGGAACAAGCGCGCGAGCGGCGGGUCCCGGCGGCACUCACCGAGCCUGGGCGCCGGGGCGGCGGCGGCCGGCGCGCGGCCCUCUCGCGGCGUCCCCUCCCUCGGCCACCCGGGCUCCGCUCCAGCCUCACAGUGGCGGAAGCACUGACAGCUGCGUGGCCGCCCUGGAGGGGAGGGGGCGCCUGCGACCCGCGACUGGCGGACGCACCGGCCGUUCC